GCUAAAAGGCGGUGUUUGCGUGUUUAAACGUAUUUCUUUACCAGUUGUACGUCUACAGCCGGCUUUAGGUGCUGUUUAUUAGCUGGUGCAGUAAAUUCGGCACGUCAUCGGUUAAAAGCGUGAAUUCGGAUGGGUUUGUUGUUAGUCUGCAGGUUCGGUCUCCCCUCCUGCUGUGCGCUUUAGACGUGAGCUGAACUUCCCGUUGCGGGAGACAGACAGACAGAGAGAGAGCAGAGCGGUGCGGUGGUGGGGGGGGAAACGGGAACCAGUGCUUACAGGGCGGCGCACAGGUUAAAGACACUCGUUUGUUCCUUGGGGGAAAAAGUAGCACUAGAAGUCGAGUGAUAUUUGUUCGCUUGACGGUUUAACUCGUGCCCAGACGCCGGUGACAGCGCGGUUUACUUGUGCUGAGGCGGUUUAAUGGCACCCUCGAGUCGGUAGAGCUGUUUUCUUGUCGUCCCCCCGACGCAGGACCUUCGCUCGGUGUGACUCGGGCGCUGUUUCCUCACCGGGGGGUUUUAUUUUUUUUGAGUCCAACCCGCUGCUUGGACGUAAGAAAACAAGGCUUGUGCUCCCGCCCCCUAACAGCGCUAUCACCGGUCACGCUGUCCGGGUCCGAGGAGCUGAAACAUGGCAGGAAAUCUGAAGAAAGGCGGCGGGCUGAUCGGCUUGAUGAAGGACGCGUUUCAGCCUCACCAUCACCUCCACCACUCCCAUCACCAGCCCGGGGCCGUGGACAAAAAGACCGUGGAGAAAUGUUGGAAACUCAUGGACAAGGUGGUGCGAUUAUGCCAGAACCCAAAGCUGGCUCUCAAGAACAGUCCUCCGUACAUCUUGGACCUGCUCCCUGAUACUUACCAGCAUCUUCGCACCAUCCUGUCCCGCUACGAGGGCAAGAUGGAGACGCUGGGUGACAACGAGUACUUCCGCGUCUUCAUGGAGAACUUGAUGAAGAAGACGAAGCAGACGAUUAGUUUGUUCAAGGAAGGCAAGGAGCGCAUGUACGAGGAGAACUCGCAGCCAAGGCGAAACCUGACCAAACUAUCGCUAAUCUUCAGUCACAUGCUGGCUGAGCUGAAAGCCAUCUUUCCCAACGGUCUGUUCCAAGGGGACAAUUUCAGGAUCACGAAGGCUGAUGCAGCAGAAUUCUGGAGAAGAUCCUUUGGAGACAAGACUAUCGUCCAGUGGAAGGUCUUCCGACAAGCUCUGCAUGAGUUUCACCCAAUCAGCUCUGGCUUGGAGGCCAUGGCCCUCAAGUCCACAAUAGACCUCACCUGCAACGACUACAUCUCUGUGUUUGAGUUUGACAUCUUCACCAGGCUUUUUCAGCCGUGGUCGUCUCUGCUGCGGAACUGGAACAGCCUUGCGGUGACUCACCCAGGAUACAUGGCUUUUCUCACCUAUGAUGAGGUCAAAGCUCGCCUGCAGAAGUUCAUCCACAAGCCUGGCAGCUACAUUUUCAGGCUGAGUUGCACACGUCUGGGCCAGUGGGCCAUUGGCUACGUGACUGCAGAUGGGAACAUCCUGCAAACCAUUCCCCAUAAUAAGCCUCUCUUCCAGGCUCUCAUCGAUGGCUUCCGGGAAGGAUUUUACCUGUUCCCUGAUGGCCGUACUCAAAACCCGGACCUCACAGGGCUGUGUGAACCCUCGCCUCAAGACCAUAUCAAAGUCACACAGGAGCAAUAUGAGCUCUACUGCGAAAUGGGCUCGACUUUCCAGCUGUGCAAGAUCUGCGCAGAGAACGAUAAGGAUGUGAAGAUCGAGCCUUGUGGCCACCUCAUGUGCACUUCUUGCCUCACUGCAUGGCAGGAAUCUGAGGGCCAGGGAUGCCCUUUCUGUCGCUGUGAAAUCAAGGGCACCGAGCCCAUUGUGGUAGACCCGUUUGACCCCAAGGACAACAGUGGAGGUUCCUAUGCGGGAUGCAGAGGCAUGUUCGGAGCAGAGGGUGCACCUUCACCAAGCUACGAUGACGACGACGACGACCGACUGGAGGACCCCCACCUCAUGAUGAGCAAGCUGGCUUGUACUAAAGUGGAGAGGCCUCCGUCCCCGCUGUCAAUGCCACCUCAAACAUCUUUGCCUCCAGUACCUCCACGUCUAGAUCUCAUCCCACACAGACCACCUAACCCUCCAGGGGCCUCCAGCCCUGGGGCCACAUCUAAGGCUUCCACACAUCACAAAGACAAACCGUUGCCUCUGCCUCCAGCUCUGCGAGACUUGCCCCCUCCUCCUCCUCCAGAGCGGCCUCAUUCCGCCGGAGCUGAUAGCAGAAUCCUGAGACGGCCACUACCCUGCACGCCUGGAGAACCGCCUCGUGAUAAACCUCCCCCUACCCCUCCCAACCGAAGCAUGGCUGAUUGGAAUCUGCGCCCGGUCCCCAAAGCUCCCUCCCAGAUGCCUGCUGUAGGAGGAGAGACCCGUGGGUCACGAGAGCUCUCUAACCGCCACUCCCUUCCGCUUGCCCUGCCUUCUGCGCUUGAUGGUCAGCGGAACAGCAACUCUGCCGGUGUUGAGCACCAGCUGUGUUUCGGUGCAACAGCUUCCAGUGGAUCUGAGUACGACAACCCGAAAGUCAAGCCUUCUGCAUCGGCCAAUGCCAUUUAUGCUCUUGCUGCCAGACCCCUUCCUGCAGUGAAGCAGCAUUCAGGAGAAGAUGGCUGUGAAGAUAAUGAGGAUUCGGACUACAUGUCUCCCAACUCUCUGCCUGUGCUGGCCACAAUGACUCCUUCACUAGGGGAAGCAGUACCCAGGCCUCACCACGCCAACACUCUUAACUCCAGGGCUUUGCUCAGUGAUCUGGACCCUGAAGGCCCACAGAUGUAUGAAGCCAUGUACAACAUUCAGGCCCAGGCUCUCAGCGCCACUCUGCCUUAUCAAGCCACUAAUUCAGACUACUCCGAGUUGCCUCCAUCGGUGAGCAGUAACGGGCCACAUGAGGCAGAUUGUGAGGACGAGGAGGAGGAGAAUGGCUAUGACAUUCCCAAACCGCCUCUGCCAAUAGGUCGACGCACACUGUCUGAAGCCAGCAGCUCAUCCACGACAUUUAGCCGGUUGUCUAUAGACAGCGAACCUGGAACUUCAGUCUCGUUCGAAUCUGCCGAAGCUCCCGAACGGCCUCCGAAACCCCUUCCACGACGCAUCAACUCAGACCGCAGGCCGAGCCCCGUUCCCCCCGCAGCUGCGUCCAGCAACCCGCAGAUCAGCAGUGAGAUCGAGCUACUCAUGAGCCAGGGCUACUCCCAUCAGGACAUCCAGAAAGCUCUGAUGAUCGCGCAGAACAACAUUGAGAUGGCCAAGAAUAUCCUACGCGAGUUUGUGUCUGUCCCCACCACGGCACACAUUCUCACAUAGCAGCUUUUCCUGAUCCAGAGUCCCAUCUCUCCCUCUCUAUGCUCCAGGGCAGUCUUCCCAUGAGUGUAUGUCAUUCAUGUGUGAGGCACAGGCCUUAUCCAGCUCCUGCAUGCUGUUAGACAGCAGGAGCACCGUUCUUGAAGUCAGCCUCAUGGCAUUGCACAUCCAUUUUAGUCAAACUCAAGCAAGGACAAAAAAAAAAAGUUGUGUUUUAUAUAAUAAUUUAAUUUAUGAGUCCAUAUAGUUAAUAUAUACACAUUUAAGGAUGGAGAGGUUUGGGGGCAGGUCCAGAGUGUGUGGUGUCAUGUGUGUUUCAUGGCAGGGGAAAGGGAGAGACUCAUUAGCACUGCUGUUCUGUCAUGUGGAAAACUGCAACUGAACGUUUGCUGGUGUCAAAAAAAAAAUGCCUUUAGUGUUCUGGUACUUUCUUGAGGUGUGUGUGUGUGAUUGUGUGUUUGUCAUUUUCUAAAGUGGCAGGGCAUGAGUGCCAGUCCCCACUACGACCUGUUAUUAAUCCGAUCCAACAUCACAAACCAGUGAUGUUCAGACACUUCCAGAUUCCCUCCCUCUCUCUCUCUCUCUCUUUCUGUGUGUCUGUAGUGCGGUUGUGUGAUAUCACUGGAUGCUGCCAGUUCAAAUUGGCUUUAACCCUCAUCAGUCACUGCAUUGCCUCUGCUGCUGUGUAGCAUUACUGUAACUGAUCUAUGUUUAUAAGGCAGAAUUGGAUAUCGCAGCCUCUCGUGUACAUCCCGUUACAUCCGACAUGGUGACAGUUUGUAAAUCACGUUCAAAUGCUGGUGCAGACGAAAGCUCGUAUUUAUGUUGUAACCUUUGUUGUGUAUGUGUGUGUGUGAGAGAGUGUGUGUCAUUACUCUCAUGGUGAACGGCAGGCUUUUUUUUUUUUUUUAAUAAGUGUGCUUUUUCUAGCGUGUUCUCUAACGGAUAAGUGCAUAAGAGUUGGACACAAAGUGACGCGCUUUGUGCGAAGGAAGUGUUUGCUUCUACAGUUUCUGUGUUAAAUCAGGACUGAAAUCGCUCUGAUUUCUGUGAGAUUUUGUCUGAAACUGAUCAUCUAAGUGAAAUUAUUAUUAUUAUUAUUAUUAUUAUUAUUAUUAUUAUUACUUUUUUAUUAUCAUUAUUAUUAUUAUUAUUAAUUCAGAAGUGCUUUACUGCUGCUACUCUUGUUAGUGCUAAACAAUUAAGCCUUAAAUGUAUAUUUGUGAAUAUUGUGUUUAACCUGUUUUAAAGUGACAGUAUCUGUUCGGUUGAAUUUGGUGAUGUAGCAUAUACUUGAAAUUGCGAGCAGCUUGUGUAGCUCCAGGCCCAGGCUGACUUCUGUCGUUUAUUUUAUUUUCAUUUUCUCUUUGUGGGAUCACUUUUUUUUUUCCUUUUCUUUUUCUUAUUUUUCUGUCGUUUUCUCGUAUUUACGGUGUUCCCGAGACGUCAAACACCCGUCAGCAUCCUCACUGGAGCGUGUACGCAAAUGAGUAAAAGUAUGUGAACAAACACAUCGUUGCAGAAAAAAAAACCUUUUACUUCGUUUUCUUCUCCGUUUCGAGGUUCACUUGUCGGCUUAAUCCAUACAACCUGAAGCGUUAUUGGAGCUAUUUCAUGUUUUAGUCUCCCUAAUUUUCUCAGGAAUAAUGUACAUCCACACAUGAGACUCUAUCAGUAUUGAACGGGAAAUGAAACGUCGUAACCAUAUUCUUAUUCAGGGCAGAAGCACUGAAAGACUACUUUGAAGUCUUGGACUAAUUUGACACGUUUCUUAGCGACGACGGCUUUCCUCGGAUCUCCUCGGAUGUGCUCGGAAAUUGGACGCGCCCUCGGACACACACCGAGGUUGUGUGCGCGCGCGUGUGCGUGUGUUAUAUACAGUGAAAUGGCUAAAUUGCUAUCUAAUGAAGCCCUGGAGGAUUUUCAUGCGCAUCUGUACAUGCUCGUUUAAUUCUACUCCGUAUUUUCCCCUUCGAAAUAUUGCACUGGCAUAGCAGGUACUUCCACAAUAUGAAGCUUGUAGGUACAACCUUUGUUCACCAGAAAGUAACAUGAUCUAGCAGGUAUUCUUUCUGACAUGGCAAGCAGGUGAGGAUUCAUAGUUCAGUAUUUUUUAUUUUUUUUUCGUUUGCACCAUGUGAAGUAGUGAAGCUUUGUUUUCAGAUCAGAGCUAUUUUUAUUCUAAUUACUGUAUUUCUGUCUGUAUUGUAUAUCGUGUGUGUGUGUGUGCGUGCGUGUGCGCGCGCCUGUGCGUGUGUUUGUGUAUUGCAAGAUUUCACAAUAUACCAAUUUGUGCUCCGAUACUGUCACUUUAAAAUCAAGCGUAUUAAGUUACUUAUGUAUAGACUACGUGGAAACGGCUAUGUCUGAUUUCAUUUUGCAUUCCUGUACAUGUCAGAAUUUUAUUUUUUUCCGUUUUUACUGAUGUGAAUAAUACUGUGAGCAGUGCCAUAUGUCAAGAAAUAUCCUAAAUGAUGUUCUGCUGCCCAGAAUAAGGCCUUGUGAAUGAGUGAACGUGUCCUGGUGUAAGUGAUCUGAGUUGUUUGUUUGUUUUCAUCACACUGCCCCUUUUGCUUAAAGGCUGAAGGGGACAAGUGCUUUUGCAGUGAUGUAAUGCCUGACGAGUAGCUGUAGACUGGACAGUCCAAUUUUGACCACGUGAGGGCAGGAUUUCUCCAUUUUACAAGCGUUUCAAGGGUUUGUUUUUGUUUUGUUUUUUUCUUCGGUUUUCUCCCCCUAAUCCUCCCCUUCUUCUCGUAUCAUUUGGACGUAUGCACAGUUCUAUACUGUCAAAUAAAACGAAUAGAAACAAAGCUACUGUCCCCAGUCUCUAAUUUUCGGCACUAAUCUGGUACAGAGGCUGGUACAGACGUCCACCUGCUGCAGUAUAAGUAAUCUUUGCAUCCUAACACAGUUUCCGGUCAAUUGUUUGUUUAUUUUUUGAAUGAGUCAGUGUUAAAACGUACAAUUACACUUGUGCAUGUCAUUAUUGUGCAUUAAUGAGAGAGAGAGAGAGAGAGCGCAAGAGCACAAAGGCUCUGAGAUUUGUUUCACCUUUGCGAUCAUCAUAUACAUGAUCCACACCGCCGUCUUCCUCAGUGCCAUGAUCCUCUACAUCUGCUAGUGUGUGAGCUUCAGAAACAUUUCUCUCUUUAGUGUUUAACACUCCUUUAUAUUAGGUUUGAUCUCGCUAAGAUAAAUUGGUUGCACAAGUUCAUUUAAGUUUUUGUUGUAUUUUAUUCAGGUCAAAGCCAAAUAAGUUUGGAUAUGUUGUAGGAAAAUACAGACAUUUUUAUUGUACACACAUACAUGCAGUAUUGGGCAAACAAAUAUACACAUUUAGAGAUAGUAAUGAGUAAUAGUAAGAAAUGAACUACAGGUAAAACUCGAUUAUUUGCAGAGCUGGAAAACUGGAAAGCAUUCAAGUGCAAAUGAAAUAGGACACGUUCCCUCUCCUAAUCGCUGGUGUGUUGUUUCCUUUUGUCAAGAAAGAAAGACUAAUAAUAUUUAUUAAUGUUGAUGUACUCCAACCCAGAGAUCCUCCCUUCAUAAUAAAGUCACAGAUUUUGAAUUUCUAUGUUAUUAAAGCCAUUUUGAAAGAAUACUAGAGUUGAUCUUAUGUUUUGUAUUUUAAUUGCACCUUUUUUUUUUGUUUGUUUGUUUUCUUUUAGUUUUUCCCUCCAGAAGUUUUCACCCAGACUUUGUUUCGGUGAUCAAUGAACAGAAAGGAAACCAUUUUUAAAGGACAAUGUUUUUAAUCACUUGAAGGGGAAAGAGGGGGUUUAAGGUCAAACAUCAAUUCAGUAAUAAGGCACGGAUUGUACUUGCGAUGUACACAAAAAAAAUGAGAUGAUAUUUUGAGAUUAUUUGCACUUGAGCUGUUUACAAAACUGGUAUUUGUAAUAUGUUGUGCCUUUGGUUAUGCUUUUACUUUGGCAAAGAAUAAAGUGUAAACUAGUUGUGCCCUUUUGCUUAAUUUUUAACUAAAAAUAAGAAAA